UUAACUUCUAGACACGCAACAACAAUAACAAAAUGAGCACCGCAGUCGCGAACGGCGUGAGCUCAAUCACGAACGGCAUCGCCAACGGCGUGCACGUCACCAACGGCACGACGAAUGGUGCCAACGGACACACAACGAACGGCGAUGCGAACGGGUCGUCCUCGCCUGAACCUGUUGGCGAGGUGCCGGAGGAUGCGAACGAGCACUGUCCUGGCCCCGAGGCGGAAAACGCAGGCAAGGCCGAUGCAUGCGACGGCUGCCCGAACCAGGCUAUCUGUGCUGAGGGUCCCAAGGGCCCAGACCCCGACAUCCCUCUCAUUCGCCAGCGCAUGGAGAACGUCCGACGCAAGAUCCUCGUCCUGUCCGGCAAGGGCGGCGUCGGCAAGUCGACGUUCACUGCCGCACUGGCGUGGGCGCUUGCUGCCGACGAGGAGCUGCAGACGGGCAUCAUGGACGUGGACAUUUGCGGGCCGUCCAUCCCCCUCCUGACUGGCCUUGAGAAGGCGACGGUGCACACGAGCGCAGAGGGCUGGUCGCCCGCGUACGCGACCGACAACCUCGCCGUCAUGUCCAUCGGGUUCCUCCUCCCCUCUGCUGCAGACGCUGUCAUCUGGCGCGGUCCCAAGAAGAACGGCCUCAUCAAGCAGUUCCUCAAGGACGUGGCAUGGGGAGACCUCGAUUACCUCGUCGUGGACACGCCUCCGGGCACGUCGGACGAGCACCUCUCCGUGGUCCAGUACCUCGCCGAGGCGGGGAUUGACGGCGCCGUGCUCGUCACAACGCCUCAGGAGGUCGCGCUGCAGGACGUGCGCAAGGAGAUCGACUUCUGUAACAAGGUCGGCCUCCCGAUUCUUGGACUGGUCGAGAACAUGAGCGGCUUCGUCUGCCCCUCGUGCAAGGGCGAGUCGCAGAUCUUUGCCCCGACCACCGGCGGCGCCGAGGCAAUGGGCAAGGAGCUCGGAAUCGAGCUCCUCGGCAAGGUGCCCCUGGACCCCCGCAUCGGCGCCCUGUGCGACGAGGGCCAGAGCUUCCUCGACGCGUACCCCGACUCGCCGGCGACCGAGGCGUACCUCGACAUUGUACAGCGGAUACGCGAGAAGCUGGGCGACGCCUAA